CUCUUCAAAUAUGUCCGUCUGACACAAAGGCAUUGUAUCGUCGCUGUGUUGCCUACGAAAACAUGAACAAUAUGCGUGACGCCCUGGUGGACGUCAAAAGGCUUCUUCAUAUGGAUCCCAAGAACAAAGCUAUUCAGGCGCUUGCGUAUCGUUUGGAAGCUUCCGUCACGUCAACUAAAGAAGAAACGUAUUCUCUCAGCGGAAAAAUAUCAUCAAUGCUUGAUGUGGUUGCACAGGAGGAUCCUCCGCCAACUUUGCUUUCACAAGCCAUAAAUAACCUUGUUUCUUUGGUCCUCGAGAUGGGGUCUACGGCUGCCGAACGCAUCUGGUUGCAUCCUUCAAUGCCGGCAUUAUUCAAACUGUGCUUAUCUCCGCGCCAGGACGUAGUUAAUCAAACUCUACAUCUUUUCGCGGCGCUCAUUGAGCACAAUGACGCAUAUGCCCUGCAGCUGCUGCAAACACUUAAACCGCAGUAUUUUAUUGGCCGGGCUUUCUCUACGGAAGAGGCUGUUUCACUGAGCAUGUGCAAGUUCCUCCGUCGACUACUAGAAGGCCUUACUCAAGUGAGGAAAUAUCAAAAGGCCAGGGAGGCUGCCGUCAAGGCUAGCGCAAAGGACAAAUCCAAGCCCCAGUCUCUGGUUCCCCGCAAUGUUUACCCACCAUAUAAACUGGGUACGUUUACAAUUAAAUGCUUAUGUGAAAUUAUUUUUUUUCGGCCACGAAGAAAUAUUCUUGUUAUUAUUGAGCGUUUUAUUUCCUUAAAACAAGCAACGUAG